AUGCUCGAUUUGAAAUUAUUUUGCACUAAAAUACCUAAAUGUGAAUUCAAUGUACGUUGGGAAGCUUGCGUUGGAAAGUCAGCUCUACGAACGUUGUUAGAAUAUCGGCGACUUGCAGGUAAAGCUGAAUUAACAAAUGAGCAACGAAAAUUGCUUUGGGCAUACGGUCAUCCAAGAGAUAUGAAAGAAGCAUUACAAUCAAUGUCAAUUAUAUACGAUUUGGUUGUACUACAAGAACACAUAUUUAUGAUAACACUAGAUAUUAUCAAUUAUUAUAACGCUGAUAAUGUUCUUUAUUUGGAACUACAUGUGAAACCAUAUAUGAUCGAUGAGUUAUCACCAGAAAUACUUCUAAGAAAAAUGAUUCAAGCAAUUUCAUUUUCAAAAGCUGAACAUGGUGAUAUGAUUAUUAAAAUAUUAUUAAUUGCUGAACUUGAAGAAUCGAUUGAAAAAGUUCGAGAUGUUAUUGAUUUGCUUUUGAUAUUUGGAAAAACUCAUCGAAAUCAAAAUUUACCUGAUAGUGAUAUAAUAAAUGGUGUGGAAAUAGUUUUUGUUAAUUCAAAUGAAAAUGUUAUGUAUCAAUUACAAAAAAUAAUUGAAUUUAUUCGACGAGAAUCUGAUUUAACUAUUGUUUUUAAUUUAGCUAAGAUGAGCUAUAAUUUCAAUUUAUUGCAUAAUAUCUUAUUAUUACAUCCUGAUCGAUUAUGCAAUGCAGAAAUUUUAAGUGAAAGUGAAAAUCAGAUCGAUCAACAUAUAUUAAUUGAUCGUUUACUAUCAAUGAAAUUACCAAUAGAAUUUUCUUACACUGUUAAUCGAUUAUCAUACACUGAAGAUAAGAAAUUCAUUUGGCGAAAGUAUCUUCAUUAUUUAUUUUCAAUUCAAUAUCCGAUAAUUCUUACUACAGGAUAUAGUAUGUUAUUGGGUUGUAAUUUAUCGGACGAAUAUUAUCAAUUGGCAACAACAAUGAAUUUAAAGCCAAGCGAUAUCUACAAAUUAUCAUUAACGACGUCAUUUUUCACGGAAAAAACUCCACGUAUUCAUCGACAUAAUUUAUUUCCAUUCGGUCAACAAUAUGAUGAAUUUGCAAAAUUAUAUAAACAAGAAAAUUCUAUUGAUUUCAAACUUGAAAUUCUUCGUAACUGUCAAUUCUUUCUAAGUCGACCAUUGAAUUGUAAACAUAAACGACGUCGACGCCAUAUCAUUGAUAUCUUGUAUUUUUGA